AUGCAUUCAACUGCCCUAUUUUUACCUUCUUGCAUAAUAAUUAUUUUUCUUAUCCUAUUAUAUCCCGUCCUAACUACCUUCAACCCCAAUCCCCUUAGCCAUGACUGAGCCCUUACAAAAACCAAAACAGCCAUCAAAUUGGCCUUCUUUAUUAGCCUACUACCCCUCUUCCUUCUUUUCGACCAAGGAGCUGAAACUAUCACUACAACCUGAUCUUGAAUAAACACUUUAACUUUUGAUAUUAAUAUUAACUUUAAAUUUGAUAGCUACUCUUGUAUCUUUACCCCUGUUGCCCUAUACGUAACUUGAUCCAUCUUAGAAUUUGCAUCAUGGUACAUACACUCAGACCCCCAGAUAAACCGAUUCUUUAAAUAUCUUCUAAUCUUUCUAAUCGCAAUAAUUAUUCUUGUUACAGCAAACAACAUAUUCCAACUAUUUAUUGGAUGAGAGGGGGUUGGAAUUAUAUCAUUCCUAUUAAUCGGUUGAUGAUACGGACGAACUGACGCAAACACAGCAGCCCUCCAAGCCGUCCUUUAUAAUCGCAUCGGAGACAUCGGUCUCAUCCUAAUAAUGGCUUGAACAGCAACACAUUUAAAUUCAUGAGAUUUACAACAAAUAUUUAUUCUCUCCAACAACCAUAAUCUUACUCUACCCCUAUUAGGCUUAAUCCUUGCUGCCACAGGAAAAUCCGCCCAAUUUAGCCUCCACCCAUGGCUGCCCUCCGCAAUAGAAGGUCCAACCCCAGUAUCCGCCCUACUACAUUCAAGCACCAUAGUUGUAGCCGGAAUUUUUCUACUCAUCCGCUUGAAUCCUAUAUUAGAAAAUAACAAAAUUGCUUUAACCACAUGUCUCUGCUUAGGAGCCCUAACCACCCUAUUUACCGCAAUCUGUGCUUUAACCCAAAAUGAUAUUAAAAAAAUUGUAGCCUUCUCCACUUCAAGUCAACUAGGCCUAAUGAUGGUUACCAUCGGUUUAAACCAACCUCAACUAGCUUUCCUUCAUAUCUGCACCCACGCAUUCUUCAAAGCAAUACUUUUCCUCUGCUCAGGCUCUAUUAUCCACAGCCUAAACGAUGAACAAGACAUCCGAAAAAUAGGGGGCAUACAUCACCUUGCCCCACUCACCUCAUCCUGCCUUACCAUCGGAAGUUUAGCCUUAACAGGAACCCCUUUCCUAGCCGGAUUCUUUUCCAAAGAUGCCAUUAUUGAAGCACUAAACACAUCUUACUUAAACGCCUGGGCCCUUACCUUAACACUCAUUGCCACAUCUUUUACAGCAGCCUACAGCCUCCGAAUCAUCUUUUUUGUAUCAAUAAACCACCCUCGCUUUAAUCCCCUUCCUCCAAUCAACGAAAACAACCCAGCCGUAAUUAAUCCCAUUAAACGACUAGCCUGAGGCAGCAUCAUUGCAGGCUUUUUAAUCACCAUAAAUUUUUUACCCAUUAAUACCCCACCAAUAACUAUACCCACCUCCCUAAAACUCUCAGCCCUAAUCGUAACUAUUAUAGGACUCUUCACAGCAAUAGAACUUGCCUCUCUGUCAUCAAAACAAUUUAAACAAGUUCCCAACCUCAACCUACACCAUUUCUCUAACAUGCUAGGCUUUUUUCCCCACAUUAUGCACCGAUUCACCCCACAAACAAACCUGACCCUUGGCCAAAUAAUUGCAACCCAAACAAUCGACCAAACCUGACUAGAAAAAUCUGGACCCAAAGCCAUCUACUCACUCAACAUUCGCCCUAUUACAACCACAAGUAAUAUUCAACAAGGUAUAAUUAAAACCUAUUUAUCCUUAUUUUUUCUUACAACCCUGAUUACUAUUGCCCUUCUAAUAUUUUAA